GCCCGCCUGGCGCGGUGCGGCGCGGCACGGCGCGGCACGGCACGGCCGGCUGUGGAAGAUGGCCGAGUCGCCGGAGGAGGUGGCGGUGCUGGUACAGCGGGUGGUGAAAGACAUCCGCAACGCCUUCAAGCGGAACCCCGACAUGCCACAAUGAGGUCUCCCCUUUGUAAAGGAAAUGAAGACAGCAGGAAGCACAAACUUCAGGCUGUAAGGCAUCAUGUUGAAAACAUCAGAGCAUCAGUCUGGAAUGUCUAAUCUGGAAUGUCAUUAGAUGAAAUUGGAUUAAUACCCUGUCCUGAAGCAAGAUACAACCGGAGCCCAAUAGUCCUGGUGGAAAACAAACUUGGUGUGGAGAGCUGGUGUGUCAAGUUUCUUUUGCCAUACGUCCACAACAAGCUUUUGCUCUACAGGCAGAGAAAACAGUGGCUGAACAAAGAUGAGCUGAUAGAUACCACAUGUACGCUCCUGCUGCUGAAUCCAGACUUCACCACGGCUUGGAACGUGAGGAAAGAAUUAAUACUUUCUGGCACUUUAAGUCCACUUAAAGAUUUGCAUCUUGGAAAACUGGCGCUAACCAAGUUUCCAAAGAGUCCAGAAACAUGGAUUCAUAGACGAUGGGUGCUGCAGCAGCUAAUUCAGGAGAACUCCUUGCCUGUUCUUGUGAAUAAAGGAAACCUGGGAGCAGCACCUGUGGAGAGAAUUCACCGACUAGUGCAGGAGGAAAUGGACGUCUGCUCUGAAGCUGCUGGGAGAUACCCAAGCAACUACAAUGCCUGGUCCCAUCGCAUCUGGGUUUUACAGAAUGUGGGAAAGCUGACUAUCAAGAUUCUCCUUGAUGAACUUUCUUCCACUAAAUACUGGGUUUCCAUGCAUGUCUCAGACCACAGUGGAUUUCAUUAUCGCCAGUUCUUACUCAAGUCCUUGAUAGGCAGAACUGUGAAUGAUGAUAAUACACUGGUACAAAAUCAAAUGGGAAAUGAGCAAAAUUCUAGCCUUCAAACGGAGGAGGAAUGUGAAGGAGCAGAAGCUGUUUGUGUGGAGGAGCAGAGUGUGGAUAUCCCCCGCUAUUUAGAGGAGGAGUUGGAUUUCUGCACUGAUCUGAUCGACACUUACCCAGGGCAUGAAACCUUGUGGUGUCAUAGGAGGCGUGUGUUUUACCUUCAGCACCAUUUAAUCAACAAACUUCCUCUUCUGAGUGUGGUGGUCUCAUCUGUGGACAGCAGUGAUGAAACUUUGCAUAAUUCACACCCCAAUCCUGCGACAAGCCACAUGGCACAAGCUAUGGAUGUUGAUGGUUUGAAUGAAUCCAGCAGCAAACAAGGUUAUACUCAAGAAACAAAACGCCUGAAGCGUGCUCCAAUGCAGGACUCUCUUGGCCCUGAAGUGGAAUACAGGUUUAUAGAAAAAGUUUUAUCAACUUGCAGAGACGUGGACCAAGCCAGGUUUGCUACUGCUUACAGGAAAUGGUUAGUUACUUUUUUAGGUCAGUGAAGGAAGAAUUUAAAGCCUUGAGAGUUUUUUUAGUGCAAUAUUCUUUUUUUCAGACACAAGUGCAUGUCUUGGUUGCAAGUGUUAGCUAACUAUGUGUUUCUCACUCUUUUACUGGUCAGUCCUAAAACUUAACAGUACGAGUCUGUCACUUUAUUUAUUAAACUGGCAUAUAUUUUGUUAAGCAAAUGCCAUUUGUUAUUCUUUCAUCUUUUUAAGAAGUCACUGGUUUUCUACCUAUGCCAGCUUUCUGCCAUGCCGUUGUCUUAAUUUUUAACUUCUGCAUUAAGGUGGACUCUGAAUGGUGUGGUUUUUAAGAAAAAGAGGUGGGGGGGCAAAGUUGUCUGCUUUUGAAACAGUGUCUGGAAAAAGAAUAAGAGAAUCUGUCAGUGCCCGCUUAGCCUGGUUCCAGGUAGUUCCUGUUUACUGUACUAGAUCUUGCUCAUAUCUUAAUGGAUCCAGACUGUAUUCAGUGACUACUAUUACUGUUGUAUUAGCUACCUUUGGUAGAACACCAGGCUGCAGAGUUUCUUCCUUAAAGAACUAAGAGCCCUGGAGUCAUGCCUUUUAUUAUUGUGACUAGGUUUUUUUUUUCCUUAUUAGUUGUUAAGUGAGUUUGAUAAGAAAGUCUGAAGCUGAAAUUCUGAAAAGGAGUUGCAGGAAAAUGAAGUAUUUUCUGACACAAACACAGUUAGAGCUAUAUUUGGGAAUAUUUUUCAUAGAGCAGACUUCCUUAACUUCUUAAUUUGUAUUUAUUUAUUUAUUUUACCUCAACAAUUCAGAAUUAAUGACACUUGAUACACUUUUCUGAAUGUAUUAUGUACACUACAGAAUCUCAGCCUGCUGUGUCACACAUUGAUAACGUAUGCUUAACCAAGACUGUACAAACCCAGUAGAUGGUGAGUGAAAAAAUAAUUCUGCUGACUGGUUGUUGAGACUACACAGUUCAAAAAAGGACAGCAGGACAGGACUAUCUCUUUGCUUUUGUUCUUCUGCAGGGCUUCUGUGACUCCUUUCUUCAUUGCACUUCUCCAACCAUAGGACCUCUCUUUAUGUAACUAUAAAAUUUAAGGGGAUUUAAUACACAUUUCUAUUCCAGUGAAAUUAAACGUGAAUGGUUUGUUUUGUCAUUUCCUUAGGAGUUGUCUUUAUAAGGGACUUCUGGGAGGAAAUGUUGUACAACUGUAGAGGUUUGUACAAUGGCAGCAUUACCUCUGUUCCAAACAGAGAAUAUUAACUAAGGGGAUGAGAUUUUCAAGCUAGAAUCUUCGCCAAAAUUGCUACUUAUUUUUCCUGCCCAAAGUGCCUCCUUACCAUGAUCAGUUUGAAGCUGCUGUUACUGUUGGGCAGAGAGAAAGAACAAGAAAGUGGAAUUAAAAGACACGUAGCCUGCUCAAAAACUUACCACUUGAAAAGAAGAAAAGCACUUGAGACGUGGAAUUCCAACAGUGCUAAAUAAUUUGGUGGAUAAAGAUUACUUUAAAUAAAUAUAUGCUCUUGUGUUUAUAAUACCUAGAUAAGACUGAUUUGGGCUGAAGAAUCUUCCCGGCAAAGUUUUGUCUUCAUGAGCAACUACACUUGCCCCUGUAGCUAGGUAUAUAUUAUAUGGCUUCUUGGGUUGCAUUAUGGUUGCUGGUUUUGAUUGCAGAAGAAUGUAAUUGAUGUGUGAAACAAGUGUGGGAAUGGCUUAAGAGGAUUAUUAUGCCAUAAGGUGUUUUCUAUGUGAUCACUGAAAAAUGGGUAGAUUCAGGUGCAAACUGGAGUCUAAACUGAAGAACUUAACUGGAGCAAAAAUUUACACCCAUCCCAGUGGGCACAGUGUGUUUUGUGCAUUAAAGGUUUGUUAAGGCAUGUGCAGUAACCUCAGUCAGCUUGAUUACAGACACCCCAUUAAUGACUAGUAUGAAAUUGGAACGUGUGACAUCAGGUGACAGUCUAUGAAGGGCCAUGUUCAUGAUCUUCCAGUAGUUAGAGAGUAACUUAAUUGUGUUUUCUUUGUUUACCUUUGCAAAAAUUACCUCUUGGUAAGAAUAAUAGAAGCAGGCAGCAGAAGACUAGGAUAUGGGAGCAGGAUGUGAAAUAUUUCUUGAGCUGUGGAAGAAAUGCUUUCUUCCUGCACUGGACUAAUAGCUAUUUUUAAAGGAGCUUGCAAGAUUUAUGCUAGAAUACAACUUAAAAUCCACUAUAUAGUUCUUUCAGACUGUAAUCUGGAGGCUUCAUUGGCUUUCUUAAAGCUACGUCAUGGAAAUACUGUCCUAUUGAAUUUGACUAUCUUUCUGACAUGAGCACUUAAGAUCAAACAGGUGCCCUCAAAUGCAUGUGUGCAGUUGCUAUUUUUGUCAGCAGCAGCAAGGUUUGGUCCUGUAUAAACAAAGUUGCAUUGUGCAUUCAUACUUACAUGUUCUGAGAAUGAUGAUUAUCGAUGUUGCUAAUAUUUUUAUUACUUGCGUAAAAAACCAUCGGUGGCUGUAGUAUGAGUCCAGAGUUAGAAAACCUAUACCUGAUGGAAAUACUCCCAACUUUUUUAAUUGAGUGAAUUGCUGCUUUUAGAGGUGUUUUCAGACCUGACUUUCCUGAACAAAGAACUAAACAAUAAAAAUGAAUUUAAUUGAAACAAGCCAUAUUUUCCAUUUUGAAGGACAUGCAAACAAUAAGCUGACAAAAAAGGCUUUAUUUUUCAUUCUAAUUGUAAGUUAUAUUGAAGAAGAAAAUGGAUAACUAAAUUAGAUCAUGCUGACAGUGUCCUGAAGCCUCUUACAUGAGAUGACUGAAAAGAUACUUUCAGCAAAUUGUAUUAAACUCAGAACAUGAUAUUCUAAAACUGUGAUCUUUGGAACAUACUGAUUCAGUAUUAGUUCAGAGUCUGUCUUGGACAUGACUUAAAAAAAAGAAGAGUGGUUCAGGACAUUGGUGGUUAACAUAUAUAGAUGUUGCUGGGUACAGGUUAAGCAAAGUGUUUAAUUCACUUUGUGUUUUAGAGGCUAGGGUAUUUUCAUGGAGUCAAUGAACAUUCUCAUGAAGAAAAUGUCCAACAGAAGCUGCAGAAUAUAAGGCAUUAACUCUCUGUAGGUUCCUUCAGUUAGAAAAUCAAUUCUGUACAGUCUUUAAUCAUCUUCUUACAAAGUUCAGCAUCUUUACUGAUUUUUUUUUUCUGCUGUGAUACAUGCUUUAUAUUGAUGCAAAUUCUUUUUGUUCACUGGAUUAACUCUUGUAGAAAUUUUUUUUCUGCUAGAAAUAAGGUUUUGAGGAACAAAUGCAAUUUGAAACUACAGAAAUUAGAAUGGAUGUAAUAAUGGGAUGAAUUCUCUGCUGCUGCUACAUUAGCUAUUAUUUCACUGGCAUUUGUUAUUUUGUGUGUUACAGUCACUGGAACAACAGCAGCAUUAGAUAGAACUUCAGUAAAGUUAUAUAAAGUUAAUGUUAGAACACAUCACUGUAGCUGCUCAGAUUAGUAUUUGUUAAUCUCCUCCUACCUGAUUAUUAGUGUUUUGUUGACUUAUUACACAUUCUUUAUACAAUCAAAUUCUUGUGACGUUUAAAUGUGGAGAAAAGUAAAUUGUUAAUUUAUGCUGUUUAAUUAACUUGUUUUAAGACAAAUAAGCAAAGUGCUAACAUAGUAAAGAAGCUCAGAAUAUGUUUUACAAUCAGAAUUUCAGCAUUUCCAGUUUGUGCUAGUCCUACUUUAUUAGAAUAUGUAGCUAGAAUCUGUGGGCAGGAGUGAAGUUUUUACUAAAUAAGUAGAUAAUUAAUUUUUAAACAGUAUUGUGUAAUACAGAUGAGCAGAAACGAAGGGUAUUGUCUGUCUAGGCAGACUCAGCAAGCAUACUUCUUCAGAAUGACAAAUCCUACAAUGCAUAAAAUGUGGCGACUACAGAAUAAUUUAAGCAGUGAGUCUUCAGAGACAUGAUGAUUGAGUUUUUGUACAAGAUUCUGUGGGGUUUUUUUGUUCUGUCUUGCCUUCUGUGAGAUAAUAAUGUUCUUUAGGGGUUUUUUUUUUGUAUCUAGUGGGAAGCAAGUCUUUGCACUGUAGUGUGGGGAUGGAAAAAAAUAAAACAACUGUUGGGCAGUUUUGGAAAACAAGCAGUGAAGUGGAAUGUAGAUAUGAUUUUUUUACGUUUGUCCUGUUCAUCUGGGGAUAAGAGUUCUUCACUGUUAGAACUUCUUUUUUUUUUGAUGUUGUAUAAAGGAAAGAGGGUAAAUCAUCUAUUCUUAAAUGCACUUAACAUUCAGGUUAGCUUCAAAGGAAGGUCAGUGUCCCUGGCUAAGAUUAUUUUUCUUCUUUUUUCCCAUGUGUCCAGAGUGUGUUUCCUUCCAAACUUACUGUCUGUUCUUCCAACCAGCAAAAGAAGAAUGUAGCAAAGGAGUAGUGAGGUGGCCUCAUUUCAUGUUUAGAUAACUCUGACUACCUCCCGAAAAGUUCUCCUGUUAUUGUCCAUAUGGGGAGUUCGUCGCGCUCAGCUUUUUUUGAAGCCUCAUGCUAGGCCUAGAUCCUCUUUCAGAGGUGGAAAGCAAGAGCUUUACCUACAAAGCCAUCUAGUUUCCUAGAAGAGUUUAAAACAGGACAGAGAGUUGUUGAAAGAAAAAUUUUUAAAGGCAAAAAAGAAAAAAGAAAAAAAAAAGGCAAAAAAAGGCUUCAGGCUGUCGUUAAAGUUGGGAAAACUACCAUAAACUUUUGUUAAUCUUUUCCUCUGAAAAAGCAAUGUAUUUCUACAAAAUGGGGGAAAUGUGUGCUUCCAAGAAAUCGCCUGUAGGCAGUUUAUGUUUUUGAAGUAUAAACCUAACCCCUUCUGUGGCUUAUAUUUAGUGUGCAACGUUAAUUCUCAGGGCAUAGUCAAUCACAGUGAAUUAGGGUACAAUUUUACAGUUUAUAAUUAUUGAUUUAAAAAUAAAACAUAAUUGCUAAACAUGUAAUAGCUGACUUUUAACGUUUUUGUCUGGCAUAGUGUUUUACGUCUACCCACACACUAAUACUGUACCUUAGCAUCUCAUCUGCAUUAUAUUUUCAUUCUGUGUCUUAAAUUACUGUUGCAGUCUUGCAGGCAGCUCCUGGCAGCUGCUGGGUUUUGUCUCUAUGCCUCCCAGUACAAGUCAGUAAGCUACUCAGUAUCUCACAAGGACAUAGUUGAAAUUACAUGGGUGCUUUUUACUCCUAUCUGUGCUGGCACACGACGUGGCUCUGAUUUUUUAUUUAUUUAUUUAUUAACUUUUGUUAGGAGUCCAUACUAGAAUUAACAAAGCUUUUAGUUACUGACAGCAUAUGCUUUUGCAUGAUGUAACUGUUCUGAAGAGCGUAACUCCUACCUGAAGUUUAUUAAGCAUCUGUAUCUGCACCAUCUCAAACCUGCUGCUAAUCCUACAGUAGGUGGAGGUGAGAGUGAGCCAGCAGCAAACAGGAGGGUGCCUAUAUCUGUUCACAGGGCAUUUUCUGAUUAGAACAUAAUGACGGUGAAACAAAGAGAUUUUCUACAUGUUGCUUUUGAAAUGGGUACAUCACUAAUUCAGUAAGAUUCCCUAAAUGGCUGUGUAGAAUGAAUAUAUUUUUCAAUUAAAAGCAAAAAACAAGGUAUUGGUUUUGCUAUUAGAUACAAAAGAGUCACAUAAAUUAAACAAAGUACCAAAACUUGCUUUCAUGGGACAAAAUAUGUUUAUAUCUAACAUGCUCAUUUCCUGUCGUUCUAGUUUUUCUUUUUUGAAAUGUCUGUGUUUAAAACUGGGUAGUCAUCUUGUACAACGUGAUUGGGAAUGUCUUGUUAGCUUCAUGUAACAAAAAAUAAUGGGUGUCUUAAAUGGUUUUAAGUAGCAUUAAGAUUAAUGACAGUGAUAGCACUAUAGUAUUUAAGUAUGCUAUUAAACACUAAUUUUGUAGCACUCUUAUGUACAUCAAAAUACUAUUCUAUGUAGAGCAAAAAUGUUUAUUUUAUCAAGAUAUGUGAAAAAAAUAUUUAAUUCUCGUAGCUUUCAUAUUAGGGAAAAAAAAAACAGUUUUUAAACAAUAUUUUGCAAUUUUUUUUUUCUAUGAAAUAUUCUCAGAUACACAGCUGUGACCACUGUAAAAUUUAUGGAGAUCUCAAUUGUUGGCAAAUUAGAUAAAUGCUAAGUUUUGUAGCAGAAAGGGUAAGAGAACAGUGAAACACUGGAAAGUAAUGUGAUAAAUGACCAGUGUUCUACAGGGUAGUGACUUUAAAGCAUUAAGUUCAUCUUUCACUGGUCCUAUUUUGUCAUAGUUCUUUUUUUUUUUUUUUUUUUUUUUUUUUGUCAUCAGUAAGGAUGAAUUAUCUAUAUUUAUUUUCCCACAGUGAGCAUGUGUAUGUACAGGUGGGUAAGUGGAGGAACGGUGUUCAUGUUACGUCUGGGCGGGAAUGAAAAACGUCCCACAUACAGCUAUUGUUAUGUAACACUGGUGAUCUGUGAACAUCUCUCUUCUGUGGAGUAUCUGUCUUAAGUCUCUGAAUCCAGAAAGAUCAUUGCUGAUGUCAGAAUUUACUGAAAGGAGCUUCCCUUCUGUGGCACUUUGCCUUCCUUUCACAAUUGCUGGGCAAACGUGUGCUUAUACGGACCAAAUGAUUCGUGGUGGUGUUUCUUCCAACUGCUUGUAGGUAAUUUUUGAGACAGUGAAAGAGCUGGUCACGUCCCGCAAGCUGGGAGGACUGGGGAGUGUUCAAUUGGUGUCCUGCUUGCCAGAUAACUUUUGUGAGUCUCCCAGGAAGGAAUAGAGGUGGGCUCAAUUUUGAUGAAGUACUUCAGCCUUAGAGAAGACUAGGAAGACAUGUAGGACACAGGCCAGCAAUCAAUAUUUGAAUCUAAACAUCACGUUGUUAUUUUGGUAUGCUAUUUUUAGUAUUUUCUCGUUAUUCUUUUCACUUAAAUAAAUUAUUUUUGUUGUUGUUGAAGACAUUCAUCAUUUUGAAUGCUUUUGGGUUUUAAUUUACCUAACUUGGGGGGUUAAUUAGAUAGGCUUAGUAUGAGCAAGUAAUAAACUUCAGACUCCUUUUGCAGAAACAGUUUGCAGGAUCUGGAUUUUAGUUUGUUACUGGUUUGAGCACUUGAUUUUAGAAGAAAUUUAAAUAGUUCAAAGGAUCUUCAGAGAUCAUGUAGUCCAACUGCCUGACCACAUUAGGAGUAACCAGAAGUUAGAGCAUGUGGUUGAGGGCACUGUCCAAAUGUCUCUUGAACGCUAGGAAGCCUGUUCCAGUGUUUGACCACGCUCACAGGAAAGAAAUAUUUCCUAAAGUCCAGUUUGAACGAUCCCUGGCACAGCUCUGUGCUGUUCCCAUGCAUCCCUGUCAUUGCUUACCAGAGAGAAGUGAUUGAUUUAAGUUCUGUUGAAAUGAGUGAUAAAAUUCCUACUGACUUUCCUGACAAAAGAUAAAGCCUUACUGAAGGAAGGAUAUCAGUAACUCUGUGGUAGCUCUGAAGUAUUUACUGUGAUGGAUUGUAAGUGACUUCUGUGUCUCAGGCAUAUGGUCAUAUUUACAACUUCAUGACAAAACAAAAAAAAUCUGAUAGAGUAAUGUAUAUUCAUUAGCACUGUGGUUGAAGAGAAACUGUUAAGGUUCUGAAGUACUACAGGUUUAAAAGAGCAGCUGGAGACGAACAUGGGUACUAUGCAGGUAUCAAGAGCUAAGAAAGCUUUUUGGUUUUUUGUUUUGUUUGGAAAAACAAAGAGUUUGGGAGAUAUUACAUAUGAAGACGUGUGUAGGUCAGUGGCUGAGUUUCACGCAAGAUACUUAGGGAGGAAUGGUAAGAUUUAAGGUGCUGUGUGAUAACUGGUGUAACACCGAAGGAAGAAAGUCUUAAAUAUCGAAUGGCUUAAGUUCUACUGUUUUCAAAGUGUGCUGUACACAUUUAUGGUGCAACAAUAAACUGCACGUUUGUCACUCUGUCAUCUCACAAAUAUUCAUAACUAGGUAACACCUAAUCUACUUUUUAAAAUGCAUCUACUUAGUUGAUUUGAGAUGUUCUAGAAUUCUUUGUCGUUACUGUCUCCUCCACUCUUUAAUCCUUCUGUAGUGGAACCUAGCCAGAUAAUGAUUUUCACAGUUGUAAACUUAGCUUGGCAGUAAAGGGAAGUUCAAACUUUACCAUAUGAAAUGUUCGGUUCUCUCAUGUCUAGUUAAAAACAUAGGAGGGCAUCCUAACAGUGCUUUCCGUUUGUGCACACUGAAUUUUACCUUGUUUAUCUCAAAUAUUUUGUAUUGCAUGUCGAUUAUAUUUUUACAUAUUCUAGUAGUAGAAAAUAUAUUUUAAAAAAGAAAUAAGAAUACCCCUAGCAUCCUAACCAUUCUAUGCAGAUGUCUUCCAAAAUUUACAGGUACAAUUUUAGUGGUGGUGGUUGGUAAUUUUUUUUCCCAACUUAUUUAUCAGCAGACUUGUUUUUAUAUGUAUUAGUAAUAAGUAUACUAAGCACAGCUGUAAGUUAUUGUAUUUCUGUAGAAAAUGGAAAAUAGUGUAAAAUUGUUUUUGUUAAAUGUUGGCAGUUUUUAAAUAAACUUUUCAUCUCCUAAAAA